UUUUAGUUACUAUGAUGUACCGGUAAUGCAAUGUUCUAGUUCCGUAUUCUGACCCAUUCCUUCACCGGGUAUCUAGAGCUUUAUUUAGAACAUGGAAUUCUUUAUAAAGAUCAGCUCGAAGGCAUACGGACAUAGUUUGGAGUUUAAUUCUUGAUAAGUUUUAUUAACGACGCGCUAACCAUGCCGAAAUACGAGCUGCAUUACUUCAACGGUCGCGGGCGAGGUGAGGUAUGUCGCCUUCUUUUCGUGGCCGCGGGGCAAGCAUUCACGGAUACAAGAGUAGAGCAGGCAGAAUGGCCGAAACUAAAACCAAAAAUGCCGCAAGAGACGUUGCCGGUGUUGACAAUAGAUGGUAAAACCCAGGUCUCGCAAUCUUUGGCUAUCGCCCGUUACCUAGCCCGCGAAUUCAAAAUGGACGGCGGGAGCUCUCUACAACAGUUGUUUGUGGAUGAGUUUGUUUCAACAACAUUAGAUCUGUUCACAGCUUACGCAAAGGCAGCGUUUUCUCCUAAUAAGGAAGAAGAAAUGAAGAAGUUCAAGUCAGAAUCUCUUCCUAAAUAUUAUAAAAUAUUAGACUCAAGCAUUUCCAGUUAUGGCAAGAACGGCUUUGCAGUUGGAAGUUCGUUGACCCUGGCGGACCUGUUUGUGCACACUGCGCUGGAGGCAACAGGGUUGGAUGAGCUCAAGGACUACAAGAAUCUCAAGGCCAACAGGGACAAGGUAGAGAGCAUUGACAAGAUCAAGAAGUAUCUCGCUUCAAGGCCUAAAACAGCUUUCUAAGUACACACAAACAAUUUGUGUAUAAAAUUGCAUUGUGUCCUCAAUAUUGUGUAUGCAAUUGUACAUUUCUGACUGUGUUCUAUAAUAUUUUUUGUUAAUAGUGUGUUAUAUGUAUUAUACACGUUUACAGAAUAAUUAUUUUCUAAUAAAACGCAAUGCCUUGAA